AUCACCACCAUCGGCUAUGGGCACGCUGCCCCGGGCACGGAUGCUGGCAAGGUCUUCUGCAUGUUCUAUGCUAUCCUGGGCAUCCCCCUGACGCUGGUCAUGUUCCAGAGCCUGGGGGAGCGCAUGAACACCGUUGUGCGGCUGCUGCUCAAGAAGAUCAAGAAAUGUUUGGGCAUGAGGACAACCAACGUCUCCAUGGAGAACAUGGUUCUGGUCGGCUUUCUGUCCUGCAUGGGGACCCUGUGCAUCGGCGCAGCUGCCUUCUCUUAUUUCGAAGGCUGGACUUUCUUUCAUGCCUAUUACUACUGCUUCAUAACCUUGACCACUAUUGGCUUCGGAGACUUUGUGGCUCUGCAGAAGAACGAGGCUUUGCAAAAGAAGCCCCCAUACGUGGCUUUCAGCUUCAUGUACAUCCUGGUGGGCCUGACCGUCAUCGGCGCCUUCCUCAACCUGGUGGUGCUGCGGUUCCUGACGAUGAACUCCGAGGACGAGCGGCGGGACGCUGAGGAGCGAGCCUCGCUGAGGAGAGCCCGGAACAACAUCCACCUCAAGCCCAAGGAGGACAGCCGGAGCAGCAACGCCAUUUUUCUGCCCGUGGAGGACAGGACGAGCCAGAUGAACCUCAUCCCUCUGGUCAAGGAGGACGCGGAGAGGCAGCGGCGCCAGUCGGCCCACUCGGCGGGCGCGGUCCCGUCCUUCUGCACGUGCCUGUGCUACAGAGCUCCGCUGUGCGGCAGCCCGGCGCCCUCCCACCCCGAGACCCUGAGCUGCCACAACAACCCCGUAUACUACAACUCCGUGUCCUAUAAACUCGACGACGGUUCUGGCUCCUCCCCAGGGAGCACGUGGUCCUCCAGCAGCCCUCGCUGCCGGCGGCACCCCCGGCUGCGGAGGAAAUCCAUCUAG